AUGGCCACCAUGUGGAGUCAAACCGAAAGACAUAAAUGGGUGUGCCUUCUGUUUAUUGGUGCAGUUGGCCUCUAUGCUUCUAGGGCAGUAAUGCCGAUUGCUUCCGUUGCUAUUGCCUCAGAAUUGAAUUGGAAUCGUAAGGAAAUGGGUUUCAUGAUGGGCAUCUUCUUUUGGGGCUACGCUGUUACACAGUACCUGGGUGGUUAUCUAAGUGAUGUGUUUGGUGGAGAAAUUGUAAUUGCAAUCAGUUCUCUUGGUUGGUCUAUACUAACCGUUUGCUUUAUAUGGCUCCCAAGUAUCAACCUGGGCUCAAAUGAUAUAUAUGGGCUUUUCAUAAUUACUCGCUUUUUACUUGGGAUAUUUCAAGGAUUUUACUAUCCAAGUUUAGCAAGUUUAAUGGCCAAUCGUGUUCAAGUAUCCAAUCGAAAUAUCACUUUUGCUGUGAUAACUGCUGGUACACAUUUGGGAACAAUCUUAUGUGGUUCACUGGGUUCUUACUUAGCUGAAAAUGAUGGCUGGCGUACACCGUUUUUCUGGAUUGGAAUAUCAUUUUUUGCAUGGUCUUACAUUGUCUAUUUAAUUGUUACCCGUGAAACUAAGAGACCACAUAAAUUGCAUUUAAUUUUACCUAGAAUACUAACAAAUUCAUAUUUUAUUAACAAGAAUGUAACAAUAAGUCGGGAAUUGAAGUCAGAAAAUUGUAUUAAAAUAUUAGAUGUGCAAGAAAAAAUGACGCCGUCAGAAUCAACAUUUGUCUAUAUAGACUCAAAAAGUAUCGAUAAUGAUUCUGUAUCUAGUGUACCUUUACGACAUUUAAACUGGUCUCUUCUUUUCAGACACAAACCAUUUUGGGUUAUGCUUUUGGCUAAUUUUGUUCAUAAUAAUACAUUUUAUAUUAUCCUCAACUGGUGCCCUUCGUAUUUCCACGACAAUUAUCCCGAUGCAAGAAGUUGGGUUUUCAAUAUGGUCCCAUGGCUAAUUAUAUUCCCAUCUGUUUUAUUAGCUGGUGCCUUAGCUGAUCACUGGAUUAAAACUGGUGUAUCUGUAACAAUAGUGAGGAAAAUAAUUACGACAGUUGUUCUUUUGGGUUCAUCUUUAUUUCUUAUCAUCUUAUCAUCUCUGGAUAAUUAUUAUGGGUCACUAAUUUGUAUGGCUUUUGCAUUAGCCUGUUUAGGCUUUCAUUGCAGCGGUGUACUGUUAAAUCCUCAAGAUAUGGCUCCCAAUCAUGGUGGUCAGUUGUACGGAAUUAUGGCUACCGUUGGUACAUUUCCAGGAUUUGCAGGUGUCUAUAUGGUUGGUUAUAUAUUAGAAGCUACAAACCAAUGGUCUGUGAUCUUUAUAAUGACUGCUUUCGUUAGUAUUGCGGGUUGGGUUGGAUACGUGUUGUAUGGAUCAUCAGAAAUUCUCUUUUAAGUCAUAAUUUUCUUGAAAUAUCAAUAUUUAAGUUUCUUUAGAAUACGAACAAUAGUGAUUUUGAAUUGUUAUUUUUAUUCUUACAUCAUAUUUACAUAUCAAAUCUGUACAAAUGGACAAACUGAAAGUGAGGUGAUAACUUACGUAUCUUAGAUAUUUCCAAUAAUUUAUGUAUGUUACAUGUUUAUAUUGGUUUGGAUACGCUGUUUUUCGUCGAAUAUUUAGAGCAAAGAAACGUUCAUGCAUUUUUUUGUGUAUGUUACUAUUUCUUUGUAAGACAUUCCUAAACAUCAUCGGGCGAAUUGUUUCAAUUUCAAUGAUCCGCAUAAAUUGAAAACUCUUACCUUUUUAAAAAAUAAAUGUUAAUAUGAACUUCGUGCCUAAUUUGUUCAUGUGAUACACUAUAUUUUUGUAAGUGAUUUGGUUUCAUUUUGCUUUAUAUUAUUGUCUAUGUUGACUAAUUUUAAGUAUAAAGAUCAUUUGAAGUUAUUCGAGUUCCUUUUUUUUCGACAAUGAAAAACAAUAUCUUAUAUUGUUUUAUAGUUUGUUUAAUUAAGAUCAAAAUGAGAAUCUUUACAAUUGUAAAAUUUGAUGAAUAGUCUAAAGUCGUUGAUUCUUGUCAAUUCUCCCAUUAAAUUGUUAAGAUUUAUCUUUAAUAAAUUUGAUUUUUAGAUAAUCAUUUGUGUGGUAUUUGUUCAUUAAAUCUUAAUUGUUGUUUGAAACUUCAUAAUAUAAUUGAUGCAAAUAUUUAUAAUCUCUUUCUAUGGAUAAGGUAAUUUCCAUCACAAUUAGUAAUAAGUUUUGUAGUGACAACAGAACUCUAUGUAUAUUAGCGUUACCUAUUGAAUUUCCGUAAAUAAAUCUUUUUCGUUUAUCCUUUAACCAUUAUAUUUUUACAGUAGGUUGUUACUGUUUGUGCAACUUCAGUGGGUCGAUUUUCUAUUCGAUGAUAUUUUCUAAUAAGCUUCUGUCAUUGUAAUAGUUUGCAAAGUAUACUUUAACAGAUUUCUACCGUGUAAAAGUAACACCAUAACCUUUU